UGCCGCCGCCGCCGAGGAGGAGCGCGGCGCAAGAUGGCGGACAAGACGCCAGGCGGGUCGCAGAAGGCCGGUUCGAAGACGAGAUCAUCGGAUGCUCAUUCAUCUGGGUCUUCGGAUACACAUAUGGAUGCCUCUGGACCCUCAGACAGUGAUGCACCAAGCCGGACGCGGCCCAAGAGCCCAAGGAAACAUAAUUACAGGAAUGAAAGUGCCCGGGAAAGCCUUUGUGACUCUCCUCAUCAAAACCUUUCCAGACCUCUUCUAGAAAACAAACUUAAAGCAUUCAGUAUUGGAAAAAUGAGCACAGCGAAACGAACCUUGAGUAAGAAAGAACAAGAGGAAUUAAAGAAAAAGGAGGAUGAGAAGGCGGCCGCUGAGAUUUAUGAGGAGUUUCUUGCUGCUUUUGAAGGAAGCGAUGGUAACAAAGUAAAGACGUUUGUUCGCGGAGGAGUUGUCAAUGCAGCCAAAGAAGAACAUGAAACAGAUGAGAAAAGAGGGAAAAUCUAUAAGCCUUCUUCAAGGUUUGCAGAUCAAAAAAAUCCUCCAAAUCAAUCAUCCAGUGAGAGACCACCAUCUCUUCUUGUGAUUGAAACAAAAAAACCCCCACUAAAGAAAGGAGAGAAAGAAAAGAAAAAAAGCAAUUUGGAACUCUUUAAAGAAGAACUAAAACAAAUUCAAGAAGAACGAGAUGAGAGACAUAAAACCAAAGGCAGGUUGAGCCGGUUUGAGCCACCUCAGUCAGACUCUGACGGCCAGCGUCGGUCUAUGGAUGUGCCUUCCAGAAGAAAUCGAUCAUCUGUUCUUGACGAUUACGCGCCUGGCUCACAUGAUGUUGGAGACCCGAGCACCACUAACUUAUACCUCGGAAACAUCAACCCACAGAUGAAUGAGGAAAUGCUGUGCCAAGAAUUUGGAAGAUUUGGACCGUUAGCUAGUGUAAAAAUUAUGUGGCCUAGAACUGAUGAAGAAAGAGCCAGAGAGAGAAACUGUGGCUUUGUAGCCUUUAUGAAUAGAAGAGAUGCCGAGAGAGCUUUGAAAAAUUUAAAUGGAAAGAUGAUUAUGUCUUUUGAGAUGAAGUUAGGCUGGGGCAAAGCCGUCCCGAUCCCUCCUCACCCGAUAUACAUCCCGCCUUCCAUGAUGGAGCACACGCUCCCCCCGCCUCCCUCCGGCCUGCCUUUCAAUGCGCAGCCUCGAGAGCGGCUCAAAAACCCCAGCGCCCCCAUGCUGCCGCCGCCCAAAAACAAGGAGGAUUUUGAGAAGACUCUGUCGCAAGCCAUAGUCAAAGUGGUUAUCCCAACAGAAAGGAAUUUGCUCGCUCUGAUACAUCGAAUGAUAGAGUUUGUUGUACGUGAAGGGCCGAUGUUUGAAGCUAUGAUUAUGAACAGAGAAAUCAACAACCCUAUGUUCAGGUUCUUAUUCGAAAACCAGACACCAGCCCAUGUCUACUAUAGGUGGAAGCUUUAUUCUAUUCUGCAGGGAGAUUCUCCAACUAAAUGGAGGACUGAAGACUUUCGUAUGUUCAAGAACGGAUCUUUCUGGAGGCCUCCACCGUUAAACCCAUACCUUCACGGAAUGUCAGAAGAGCAAGAAACAGAAGCGUUCGUAGAGGAGCCCAGUAAAAAGGGGGCGCUGAAGGAAGAACAGAGAGACAAAUUAGAGGAGAUCUUACGGGGAUUAACUCCAAGGAAAAAUGACAUUGGGGACGCAAUGGUAUUCUGUCUCAAUAAUGCCGAAGCCGCCGAGGAAAUAGUGGACUGCAUUACUGAGUCGCUGUCCAUCCUAAAGACACCUCUUCCUAAAAAGAUUGCCAGAUUAUAUUUGGUUUCUGAUGUUUUGUACAACUCUUCAGCCAAAGUUGCCAAUGCUUCAUAUUAUAGGAAAUUUUUUGAAACAAAGUUAUGUCAGAUAUUUUCAGACCUCAAUGCUACCUAUCGUACAAUUCAAGGCCAUUUACAAUCUGAAAACUUUAAGCAACGGGUAAUGACCUGUUUCCGAGCCUGGGAAGAUUGGGCAAUCUAUCCAGAACCAUUUUUGAUCAAAUUACAGAAUAUAUUCCUAGGACUUGUAAAUAUUAUCGAAGAAAAGGAAGCAGAGGAUGUGCCGGAUGACCUGGACGGUGCGCCCAUCGAGGAAGAGCUGGACGGCGCGCCGCUGGAAGACGUGGACGGGAUUCCCAUUGACGCCACGCCCAUCGAUGAUCUCGAUGGGGUUCCCAUCAAGAGCCUGGACGACGACCUGGACGGCGUGCCCUUGGACGCUGCUGAAGACUCGAAGAAGAGCGAGCCCAUAUUUAAGGUCGCCCCAUCGAAGUGGGAAGCGGUAGACGAAUCUGAACUGGAGGCACAGGCUGUAACAACUUCUAAGUGGGAGUUAUUUGACCAGCACGAAGAAUCAGAAGAAGAAGAAAAUCAAAAUCAAGAGGAAGAGAGUGAAGAUGAGGAAGAUACCCAGAGCUCCAAGUCUGAAGAGCACCACUCGUACUCCAACCCCGUCAGGGAAGAGGCGGCCGAGUCCAAGUUCUCCAAGUACUCGGAGAUGAGUGAGGAGAAGCGGGCCAAGCUUCGAGAGAUCGAGCUCAAAGUUAUGAAGUUUCAGGAUGAAUUGGAAUCGGGAAAAAGACCUAAAAAGCCAGGCCAAAGUUUCCAAGAGCAAGUAGAGCACUACAGAGAUAAACUUCUUCAACGAGAGAAAGAGAAAGAAUUAGAAAGAGAACGGGAGAGAGACAAGAAAGAUAAAGAGAAGUCGGAAUCUCGAACCAAAGACAAGAAGGAGAAGGAUGAGUGCACGCCCACGCGGAAGGAGAGGAAAAGGCGGCACAGCAACUCCCCCAGCCCUUCGCGCAGCAGCAGCAGCCGGCGGGUGAAGUCCCCGUCCCCCAAGUCGGAGCGGUCGGAGCGGUCCGAGAGAUCUCACAAAGAAAGCUCUCGGUCCAGGACAUCUCACAAAGACUCUCCCCGAGAUGUUAGCAAAAAAGCCAAAAGGUUCUUUCUCUCCACCCCUAUCCCAGUCUCAUGACUAGCGUAAAAGAAGACUUCUAACAAGUUCAAGACCAGCCAAGAAUUUUACACAUAACGCAUUGUGUCUGGGGGGCGGGGGGAGACGCCUGCUUUGCUUUCACCUCACUGUUUGUUUCUGUAGAAUAUGAAGGAAAAGCUAUUUUCCCCCAAAGGAAUAUUGUUAGCAUGUUUGUAAGUAGAGAUUUGUGGAAAUAAAUACCAGAAAUGCUAUUUACACCA